AUGGCGGAAACGAACACGGCCCGUAGGAGAAGGUCUAGUAGCAUCCUCCAAGUCUACCACGAGCCCCCUGAGACUGUUGAGCAGCUCAGUGACCGCGCGGCACUCCCCAACGGAAACGCGAACUGGGUCAACGCCAAAGGGGCAUGGACAAUCCACCUCAUCCUCAUCAUGUGUCUCAAGAUCUUCUACGAUAUCAUGCCAGGCGUGUCGCAGGAGACAUCGUGGACUCUGACGAACAUCUCGUACAUGGCUGGAUCGUACCUUAUGUUCCACUACGUUCGAGGAGUGCCUUUUGAAUUUAACGCCGGGGCAUACGACAAUUUGAACAUGUGGGAGCAAAUCGACGACGGAGCCCAAUACACACCCGCCAAGAAGUUCUUGCUCAGCGUCCCGAUCGUGCUGUUCCUCCUCAGCACGCACUACACGCAUUAUGAUCUGGCAUACUUCACCAUCAACUUUCUCGCAGUCCUUGCGGUCGUCAUUCCCAAACUACCAUUUAGUCACCGAAUGCGAUUUGGGCUCUUUUCAGGUGUGCCCGAGGAGGCGUAG